CGCAAUCGAAGGAUCAACUGUGACGAUUAACUGUACAUACAAAUAUCCAGAAUGUAUGACUGUGGAAAGAGAAAUGUGGUCAUAUGGGCCUGACGAAUACAAGACAGGUCCUGACGGAGAAACCCUCGUGUAUCACACAAAUGAGACUAAAGUGUCCAACAAUCACACAAACCGAGUUCAGUUCUUAGGAGACAAAAAUAAGAAGACCUGCUCAGUGAAGAUAAGUGGCGUGAGAAGAGAGGACAGCGGCUACUACAAGUUUAGGUUUGAGGGGACAAAUAACUGGGGACAAGUGCCAGGAGUCCACGUGACAAUCACAGGUCUAAAGGUUGAAGCAACACCAGAGAAGGUCAAAGAAAAUGAAACUGUGACCCUGAGGUGUGAAAUGAACUGCCGUCUCCUCAACGAGGUCUUCUCCUGGUACAGAAAUGGAGAAAAAUUAAAUGAAUCCUCGGAGAAGCUUGAAGUUCUGGGAGCCCCCAUUACCAGUUACUCCUGUUGGGUUGGACACUUCAGGUCCCCAGAAUUUCUACUGAAUGUGGAGUACAUCAGGACUGUGAGUUAUCCAUUGUAUGCCCUCCUGGCCAUUAUUGUCCCGACUGGACUGGCUUUGGCACUUUUCAUAUUUCUAAGGAAGAAGGUCAAGACGUCAAAUGAACAAAAUGGAGAAAUCCAAAGAAGCAAAGAGCCCACCAGAGAUUCUGUUUAUCAGGACGUGUCUGCGCCCAAAGAUGAACCUGCGAAGGAGAAAGAAGAAGACGAGCAAACUUUGAAUUACGCCUCUGUGCAGUUUAAGGCGAAACCUAACAAGAAAACGAGAAAACAAGAACAGAACCCAGAAGACAACAGUGGAGACGUCAUCUACAGUUCAGUUUUUACAAAGUGACGAGGUGUGUGUGUGUGUGUUUGAGCCCUGAGUGGGGACACUGGCGUUAGUGAAGGAACUGCCGUCAUCAGACAGGGUGUCCCUAAUCUGAGAAGUGAAGUGUUAAUGACCUCCUAACUGUAAGUGGAUGACGGCCAGCGCUGUGAUCCUGCUUGGCGGCCAUUAUAUCGAGUAGAUCUUCAGUGACCGUUAUUCAGGUCCAUUUCCAGUGAGCUGUAAACUUUGUCUUCUGAGCCCUCCUCUCACUCUCGAGGUUUGAUGCCAGCUUGUACUUGCAUGUAUGAAUCUGAAAUUUCUAAUAAA